ACCCACCGCCUCUUCAGCAGAGCCUUCUUCUCCUGCCUUUGCUGUAUCUGGUCAAGUUCCUGCCGAGAUGUCCUGCCAGCAGAGCCAGAAGCAGUGCCAGCCUCCUCCCAAGUGCCCCUCCCCGAAGUGCUCCCCAAAGUGCCCCCCAAAGAGCACAGCACAGUGUCUGCCUGCAGCUUCUUCCUGCUGUGCUACAAGCUCUGGGGGCUGCAGUGUCCCCAGCUCUGAGGGAGGCUGCUGCCUGAGCCACCACAGGCGCAGGUCCCACAGAUGCAGGCGCAGGAGCUCCAGUUCCUGUGACUGUGGCAGUGGUCAGCAGUCUGGGGGCUCAAGUUGUGGCCACAGCUCUGGUGGCUGCUGCUGAACUGGACAGUGCAGCUGGGGAAGAAACACUCUCAAAAACAAGUCUACAACCUUCCCCCAUGUUCACUCCUCUUUUCUAGUUUCUCGGUCUUCCUUAAGUGUUGAAAUGUUUCCCAGGAGAGCUCGGAUUUCUCCUGGCUCUUCCCGUUCUCCUCAUGCCCACAAAGCAUAUGUCUUGUUAUCUUGAGAGUUUUUCAUAACUGCCUGGGUGGUGAUCAUCCUGUACUUGACCCUGUGAAAAGUAAAGAACUUGUGUCUCAACAGCA